UUUCUUCUCUCUCCAACCUCCAGCUCUCCUUCUCCUCCUGCCCCAACUUCUGUGGGAAUGUGCUCAUGACAACGACUCGCUCCCAUUUCCUAGGCAGCUGCCACACUUGCAGACGUCGCCAUGUUCGAUGCGACCGGCGACGCCCCUCGUGUUCCAGGUGCCGGGCUCUGGGAGUCCCCUGCGAGGGCUUCUCCGACCAGGUGCGAUGGAUCGCACAGGACAAUCCCGUCGACAAUUCAGCCAUUACGAUCGAGGAUGCACGCCAAGGUGCCCGUCGGUAUCUGUAUUCCGAAGAGUCGAGGCUUUCCAUGAGCGUGGCAUUGGGUGCCAACCUGGUAUCCGGCUCGAUAGAUGCCUCUCUAGCGGAGAUCGAUCGCAGAUCGCAUCAACUACGCCAGGAUUCCUCGGAUGAGCAGGCCAUAGGCCCCUUUUCUGUUCUGCACUUCCCCGGAGGGCCCGAGGGCCCGAGUGAACCUCAGCGACCCGGUCCGGUCGAUAAUGCUGACCAGAAUCCAAUUAUGGAUGUGGAGCCUGCCAUGGAAACGCCCGCGGAGACCCCAAUCCCCGCGGAGAUACCCAUGGCUGGUCCUCUGAUAUCGUUGCCCGAGUCACUGGGAUAUAUGGACGAUUUUCUUCAUUGGUCCGAUAUUCUGGGUCUCGAGUUUGACCAGACGGACUUUUCAUCAUGGCCAACCUCAACCGCGAUAGAUCCUCUCCAAUUGGUUCUGGAGAAUGGGAAUUCAUCCUCUAUGAGGAUUGAUGGACUAGGCACCGAUAUUGUGGGCGGUGACAUCCCAUGCGAACCGUCAAGCCAGAGAGAUCUACUGCAUUUGACAUGGUCGUCUCCCCCACAGCAUGCUGCGGUGAACUCACCUGGCCCAUCACCAGACGUUCUAGCUGAUGCCCCAUUCCUCCUUAAGCAUCUCCAUGAAAACGUUAUUGCGCUGAUGGUGGCAAUGCCCUUGGGGCGCAAAUCACCGUGGACAAUGUUGAAUAUGCCGGCUGCGGUAGUCACUCUUGGGGAUUUGACAUUUCUUAAUGCCCAAAAUAUCACCCAUGCUCGGCAGGCUAAUCUUUACGGCCUUCUGGCAUGCUCUGCUCUUCACUUGACUCUGAAGUUACCGAAUGACACGAACCGCUCGAUUGACCACUGGAAACAAGUUACCAAACGAGCCUUUGAGCAGGCUAAGGAACACAUGCAAAUAUCUCUCAAAACCGAGACUCAGCUUCCCAAGAAGGCGAAGUACAAGGAUCAAAUGAUGGCGCUCUGUGCCCUGACAGAAUUUGCCAUCAUAUCCGGACAACCGCAACACGCUAGGUGCUUUUUAUUAGAUACAGAACGCUUGGUGCGUCUCCGAGGCUUCACCAAGCGCAGAAUUUCUCAGAAGGCCCGUCUUCUUCACCACGUUUAUACAUGGCACCGGAUUGUGGGGGAGAGUACGUAUGUCCUCCACGAUUACAGUCCAUCAAAACAGUUUCUCGAUGCUCUUGAAACGAACUUCCAACCACCUCCGGUAGAAACCUCGGAGUCUGUCGGAUCGAUGGGCGAGGCAGACGCUCGACUCGACACCUUUCUACGUUUAGAGACGCAUGCUUCGGAUCGAGACCUCAAUAUUCAUGAACGCAAAGACCAAGAGACCAGCCUCAGAGAUAUACACCUAGAAGACUCCCGGGAUUAUCCCGAGACCCUAUACAAAGAAAUCUACGGAAUUCCGGAAACAUGGCUGAGCCUAGUCUCGCAGACGACUCGACUGGCCAAUGUCAUGGAGACCUUUCGAAACGCACGUGGAUCGACUCCGAAUCUUAAUUUUGAGGCAUGGGACACGCUCCAACGUCGGAGUGUCCGACUAGAAUAUAUGAUCUGCUCCUUGAACCGCACUCAGAGCGGAAACACCGAUCACGGUAAUAUAGCUUCCAAGCCCGGUUAUCAUCUGCUCCGGGCUCUGAACGCAGCCUUGGUGAUCUUCUUUUAUCGGCGUAUCUACCAGGUGCAUCCGCAGAUUCUCGAGCACCACGUGGACGAUGUAAUAGCCGAGUUGGAGAAUUUUCGGGCCGCUUUGCAACCAGACGAGCCCAUUGGCCUGGGUUCCAUAUGGCCUGCAUUCAUCGCAGGGUGCGAGGCUACGGACUCUCGAAGGCGCGAUGCUAUCGUGCAAUGGCUGGAUCAGACAUACACAUACUGUCGAUUCCCUCCGUUUUCCACGGCUAAAACUUUUAUGACAGUUCUCUGGCGCAAACAAGACGAAUGUUUGGCUGUUCGUGGACAGCUGAUUACAACCUGGAUUGACGUUGCCAGUCAAGAGAGAAUCUGGCCGAUAUUGUGUUGACGAGAGAAAAGGAAAAACACCUCUCAUCACCUUUUAGGAUCUCUUCGACUUGGAAUCUCAAAUGGCAUAGGACAUCCUUCGAUGUGGGCAUCUAUAAUAGCAAUUUCCAAUGGACUGGAUUACAAACCCAGGUCGCCUAGACUUCACAAUACGAGAUUUUCAUCGAAACCGGUCCUGCAACUAAUCCUGUGAUCAAUAUUAUCAUCUACAUACAACUUAUGUCAACACAAGUGGUGGCUAGUAUACGACAA